AUGUUUCCAAAUAAGAAGUCAACAGCAGUGACCACUGGCCACAAAGCACAACGAUUGAUGAUUUCUGGUCAAACAGAAGCUAUAGCUUCAUCUGCUCAACAGCGUAUCUACAUGCAUGAAAAUCUUUAUUUUAGUGCCUCCGAUUUGUCUAUAUACAAUAUUAUGGUACCAUUGCAGAUCAAACGAGGUUCAGUGUCAAUAGAACAUAUUCGUUCAUCCUUAGUAUCAAUGAUUCAGCAGCAUACAGUUCUUCGCACUGCCAUUCGUUUCAAUCCAAUAAAUAAUCAAAUCAAGCAAAACAUUCUACCACUUACCGAUGAUAUCUAUUCCUUUCAACAUUCGCGAGGUGUUUCCACAUUGGAACAACUUGACAAUCUACUGACGAAUGAAACAAUUGGAAAAUAUUUCGAUAUUGAAAAUGGAAAAGUUUUACGAUGUCAUGUAGUACAACGAUCUCCUGAGAAUCAUGAUGACUUACUACACGAAAGUGAUCUCAUUAUUUUUGUGAUUCAUCAUAUCGCAUUUGAUCUUAGCUCAUUCAAACCAUUUCUAAAAGCCUUUGAACGGGCAUGCUGGCCAAAUGCAUAUCAGCAACCAGUGUUAACAAUUCCACAAUACAUUGACUUUGCAUUGUACGAACAGGUACUGCUAGCCGACACAAACACAGAGUCAAAAAUGAACAAGGCUCGUCGGUUUUGGGCUAAUCUUAUGCACGGAUACGACUGGGAUAAAAUACAAAAUCCGGUUCCCAAUAAAGGUCAAAAUGGUCGGCAUCAUUCUGGUCGUGGUUAUACAACUGCGUUUACUAUUGAUCAAGAUGUCGUUGAUGCAAUGAUGUUAUUUGCUUCAACCAACAACGUGACAAUGUUUUCAUUGUCUCUUGCCUGCUAUUAUGCAUUUUUAUUUAAACUAACCAAUCAUGAUGAUGACUUGUGUGUAGUAAGCAGCGCAGCUAAUCGUCUUGAGAAAGAGAUACAAGAUAUGAUUGGUGUGUUUAUAAAUCUUCUAGUAUAUCGAAUCAAAAUUGGACCAAAUACUGCAUAUAAACAUCUCGUGCAACAAGUACAGCAGCUGAGCAAUGAAAUUCUCGUGCAUGCUUCUUUACCUUAUCAACAGAUUAUUGAUUCCCAAGGCAAACGAGAAAAAAAUGUAUUACUUUCAAUGUUUUUCCAGUAUGAACCUUUGAUAUUAUUAGUAACACAGCAAAAAUCAAUCGAAUUAGCUGUGAGCGAAGGUUCGGUUUUGAGUGGUUACUAUGAUCGAGAUCUAAUGCACCAAAGCACACCAGCAUCAUAUGCACAAGCACGCAUUUGGCUCGAUGAAAAAAUUCGAUUCGAUCCAGAUAAGCCACAAGUAGCAAUCUACAAUAUGCCUUUUGUUUAUCGUCUUCAAUCAGGUCAUACUUUAUCGAUUAAACAACUUCGUCAUGCUCUUCAUCUCACUGUUAACAAACAUCCCUCACUUCAUACAUCACUUAUCUUUGAUGCAAAAAUGAAUCAACUCAUGCAACGAGUUAUUACACGAAAAGAUAACUACACUGAUAUGUUUUCAAUCAUCGAAACUACUUAUGAGACAGAUGAACAACUUAAUGAGAUUUUACAUGACGAGAAACGUAGCCCUCAUCUUUUCCAUCUUGGUCAAGGUCUUGUCUUUCGGUGUCAUCUUGUUUAUUAUAAACAAAUUUCUUCGCAUGGUCUACUGUCUGACGAAGAUGUAGUCAUUUUCAACUUUCAUCAUGCUUUAUUUGACUUUCCAUCGAUGGAACUGUUUCUUCACGAUCUCAAUCAAGCGUAUACAACAGGCCAAUUAUUAUACGAUAACAACACUAAUCUUCGUUAUCUCGAUUAUGCUGUUAUUGAACAACAAAUGUCAAUGACUGGUGCAAGUAUGUUUUGGCUUGAUGCUCUUCAUGAUUGUAAACUUGAUCAACCCUUGCCAUUACCAUAUGAUCGAUAUCGUUUUGCAAAUGAACAUCGAACUGGUCGUGGAAUAACUAUUUCUUUUGAUUUUGGUCAAGAUCUCUCACACGACUUUCUUAUUCAUGCAUCAUCAAAUAGCAUAUCACUAGAACAUCUUGCACUUGCUACUUAUUAUGUGUUUUUAUUCAAAUUAACAAAUGGAGAAAAAGAUUUAUGCAUUGGAAUAAACACACAUGGUCGAUAUAGAGAUGAACUCAACUCUAUCAUUGGAAUGUUUGUGAAUGCUAUACCUUUGCGAUGUCAACUUGAUCCUCAUCUAUCAUUUGAUAAAAUCACUCAGCACGUUCAAGAUAAUAUGAUAAAUUGUAUUAAAUAUUCAUAUUUUCCACUUCAACGUAUUCUCAAUCAACAUCCAAAUAUAUCAAAUCCUGUAUUUCUUGAUACAUCAUUUGAAUUUCUAUCAUCUAUGACAAAAGAUGAAGACAAUGAAAUAAUGAUUGGUGACAGUCGAUUUUCUUUACUACCCUAUUCAAUUAAGAUUAGUGAGGAUGAAGUAAUGAGUAAAUUUGAUUUCAUCCUUAGUUUUCAACAUGAUCUAAAUUUAAAUAAAUUUUCAUGCACUAUCAACGCUUCACUUGAUUUAUUUCAUGCUGAAACAGUUUCUUUAAUCACACAAAGAUUACAGACAAUGUUACAUCAACAAUUCAUAUCUUUUCACUGUAAAACAAAUAAACCAAUCUAUGAAUUAUCAUUAGUAUUAUCAAAUGAACAAUAUCUAAUGCAAUCAUUGAAUAAUACACAAAUAUCAUAUGCAUCUCCUCUCACUUGUAUUCAUCAUGAGUUUGUGUAUCAGGUAAUGAAACAUCCACAAAAGCUAGGUGUUGAACUUGAUGAACAAUCAUUGACAUAUUGUGAACUUUUAUAUUAUGUUCAAGCCUUAUCUUCAACUCUUUUUAAUGAGUAUCAUGUGUGUCCAGGUGAAAUAGUUUGUCAAUGUGUUGAAAGAAGUUUAUCAAUGGUGAUUGGUAUUAUGUCGAUUGAAAUGGCUGGUGGUGUCUAUUGUCCAUUAUCACCGCGGGACCCGCAACAUCGUUUACAUUCUCUUGUAGAACAAACACAAAGUCGUCUUGUUCUUGUUCAUCAUUUAACUACAAGG